AAUUUGUGACAAACUGCGUCAUAAACCCGUCGUCCGUCCCUUUACCCCUGCAGUUCUGGUCAUUUGGAUUUUGUCUUGACUUUACUGCGGUGAUUAAGAACGCUAGGAAUAGUGACAGGAAAUAACAAGUGCGUGCUCUGUGUACCUCGCUCAUGGGUUGAUUUCGUCGGGUGCCGGAAAAAGGUCGUAAGGGUGAAAAAUGGGCAAAGGUCAAAUUCAGGAUUUUGGGGAUAUUGAUAGAUCACUGAAAUAUCCUUUAUUUGUUAUAUAUGUUGGGGGAUAUAUGCCCCCAUUCCUCUGGAUUUACGCUCAUGACCGCCAGGCUUUAAAAAUUGUCUCUCUCUUUUUCCUUUUUUUUAUUUUUUGGUAUCCAUAUUCUAAGCAUGUUUAAAGGAACAGCACUUUCUAUUUCCUGUUACAAUGCUAGUCUCAAUUUGUGAGAUUUUUAUUGUUAAUCCUAUGAAAAUUUGUUUGUUGCGUUGCAAAAAUCGAUGCUUUCCUUUUCGUAAACGUAUGGACGAACUAUCAUGCAGGUCAGAGGAGUGUCACCCUUUAUGGACGAAGUUAUAAAUAGAACAAUAAUUGAAUUAUUGAUUGUAAUACAUAAAAUCUACAUAAAUUCGUUUUGGCACCUACUGAAACACUUAGUAUGAUUACACGUUGGAUACUUUAGACAAAAAUCUAUUAAAAUGUAAUUCGUGUUGCACUGUCCACUCUCACACAUAUCAAUUUUCUUAUAAACCCGGGUAUGGCAAACCAAAGAGACAAGUUGAUCUUUUGUUAACACAAAAUGAGGUUUCGGUGAAUGUUUCGUCGGUUUUAAUGCGGAGCCUUUUAUGGGAACAAUAACAAACUGGUUGGGAAUAUCAGCUACGAUGGUGGGGACAAGUGUAGCUGCGGUGGUUGGAUAUGGAUCCGUACUUUUAUGGGCUGGGCUUUACCGACGGACGACAGUAAGAGCAAUAUGGACGUAGCUGCCGUGGUUGGAGCUGUGAUGGGCUUUGCCUUGUCGACGGACGAUAGGCGGAAAAAACCCAACGAGGUGAGACUGGAAGGUUAGUCGGCACAAGUGCGCAUGAGCUUGAGUGGAAACAGGUCCUUUUUCAUUUGAGAAUCGAGUUUGCAUGGAAGCUGGACCAGGAAGCAUUCAGCCAUCAUCAAACCGACCAGCUGUUGCUUGCCACCAGCCGGAUGCGGCAAGAGGAUUAACUUAGAACAGCUCUUUGAGACAAGACUGUGGCAUUUUAUCAGGGUGAUGUAUGAAGUCAUUUACCGUCGAUCAACAACUAUCAGCAAAUUUGCCAAUUUUUGCGGAACGUUUCAGCCUGGUUCGUUCAACAUGACCAAAUGUACUUGGGCAGCUCACUGAAAAACUCCAAAGUUCGAUGUUGCAGAGACCUCCAGAAGCAAACAAACACCUCCGCACGUCCUGACAACGCCGCGUUGAAAGAUAGCCAUUUGGAGAGAGCCACCACACUAAACUGACGAACUUCGAGAAAAAGAACCAUCGAAGACGUAGAUCUUUCCCGAGAUUACACAGGAUGACAAUCAUGACAGCACUUCGUGGAGUCCGUGACUCCCGAGUAACUCUGGUAGUGGUCGCGUCAACCGCCCUGUUUUUGGAUGAAUUUUUACUGGCUGUAGUCGUGCCCAUUUUACCGGUAGUCUUUCUCGACAUGUGUCUCGGUCUGGACAGUUCAACCUUCGCGGGACUGGGAAAUGUUACCGGGUACAGCCCGACUUCCCUCGGGCCCAUUACAGCGACAGACGUUAACGAGUCGCCGUACAAGGAGUGCGAGCGAGCUGUCAACACGCAAAUGGGCCUGUUCUUCGGUUGUCAGUUCGCGAUCCGGGUCGUAAUGGGAUUCUUUGGAAAUUACAUCUGCGAAAGGUUUGGCUUUCAUCUGCCGAUGUUUGUAGGAUGCACCCUUCUACUUGUGUCGUCCUUAGUAUAUGCAAUAGCUGAAUCGCACGCGGUGUACUUCACUGCUCGAAUGAUACACGGAUUAGCAGCCAUUCCGAAUGAUGUUGCAGCUCUUGGCCUCCUUGCCUACCGAUUUCGUGAUAACGACGAGACAAGAGGGUUUGUUUUGGGAAUCGCCAUCAGUGGGUUUGCUGUCGGCACGAUGAUUUCACCCCCAUUCGGCGGAGUGGUUUUCUUCUAUCUGGGGAAGGCGGCUCCAUUCAUUAUCAUAGCUGGAUUUUUGGGAUUACUGGCACUUGCAGAGAUUGUCAUUUAUGACCACAGCACGACACAGGAAAAAGUGGGCGUCAUGGCAACGGUUAGACUACUACUGGACCCUUUGAUUCUUGUCCAAGCCGGUGUACUAACGAUAGCUAGCAUGGGCUUCGGUCUGCUGGAACCGUCCCUGCCAAUAUGGAUGCUGGGUACGAUGGAUGUUGAAGAAUGGCAGCUAGGUAUCGUGUUCCUUCCACUGAGUAUAGCGUCUAUUAUCGGUAGUUUGGUACUAGGAUAUUUCAGCUACAAAAUAGGAAGAUGGCUGUGUGCGGCGGUCUCCAUGGUCGUACUCGGCAUUGCUCUUUCAGCAAUCCCAUUUGGAGGAAACAUCGCAGGUCUUAUUGCUCCAAUGACCAUGUUUGGUUUGUCCUUCGGUUCACUGGAUGCUACGACCUGCGCCCUAUUCAACUUAUUGGUUGAACAGCGCCACCGAGGAGCGUACGGGGGUGCAGCAACCCUGACGAUAAUCACGUUUAGCAUUGGCUUUGUCGUAGGUCCGGCAUUAAGUGCAGCACUGGUUAAUGUCAUUGGCUUUCCUUGGAUGUUGAGAGGAACAGGCAUACUGACAGUCCUGUGUUCGCCCCUGUGCUUGUUUAUGCGGAAUGUAGAUCGAGCGCCCUCUUCAGGCACCAACGAGGAAGAAAGGAUGUUGAUUCUGGGAACGCACAAACCCGAGACAGUGGUGUGCCAGGGGCAGAGUUGAGCGCUGACUCGUUUUCACAGGAACCAGAUACAAACCUGAGUGCCUUAACUAGCUUGCAAAACUUGCAAAAAGAAAGGGAAAAUUGAAAGUGUAAUGCAUUCUAAAAUUGAGAGUCAAUUGCAAAGCCCUCCGUCUGUAUUUUUGCCAAGUCUCACUUUGAACAUCUAACAAAAGACGUACGGUGCAAUAACAUUGGGCGCUCACUGUUAGUGCACUGUGUUUCUUUUGUUAGACGUUCAUGGUGCAUGUCAGUAUAGGUUUUGGACUUCUCCCAAACAUUAGCUGUUGGUGUGAGCCCAAUAUUUGAAAUGCAUGACAUCUCCAGUAGAGGCUGUCAAUAGUCCCAACUACACCGUUUUAAAUGAUUGAAAAUUCGCACCUGCUUGAAGGCCCAUUUCAUUUAUUUUGUAACUUUUAAUUAAUGCAAGCUUUUUCUUAGUGAUGGAAUGUUUGGUAACACUUUUGAUGGAUUAAGCUUCAGGAGCACAAGGUAUGUAUUUCUCGGUGAAUAACUGCAAAUAAGGAAAUAUUUAGUCCAGGCACUUGGCUACAUUCUCACAUAGAUAAUUAAAAUCUGCAUGGUUUUACUUUACUUGGUUUUUCUAUUCUGUUGGGGAUUUUUUUUGCUGACAUAAGUGUAUCAGGUUACUUUGGUUGUAUAAAAGCAAGGUUUCGAGCUUGUAGCUCAACUCCUGCUCAUUUUUUUUUAAAUCGUCCACUGCUGUGAUCAUCGUAUUCCCAUUCUUUUUGUAUAAGUUUAUAUUUUGAUGUUACCGUUUCAGCUUUGUCCAUUGCUGUGCGCAAUAUUUUGCUUUCGUUUGGCAAACUGCUUCAAAUCGUUCACUCCUUACUGUUAGGUUUUGGCUGAAAUUCAAGCACAUUUUUUGAAAGAAAUUUCUGAAUUUAUUUUUUUCGUCACUGUUUAUUUGUUUUAGUUUUAAGAAAUCAACUUUUAAGAAUUUAAACUCUUUCUUGUACAAUUUGUCAUUGUCAGUCUUGGGCAAUGACAAACCUUCAAUGUAAAAAGAACAGAAAUCAAAGUCUACACAAUCAAUUUCAAGAUCGUGGGAUGUCUUGUGCAUGUAGUCGUGGGACGUCUUGUGCAUGUUCACAGGUGUAAAAAGGUUACCUCACCUAAUGAACAUGCAAUCAAUUUCAGUUUGAAGCAUGAUCCUUGGGAAAACAUCUCUUGGAGAACAAUUAAACUUAAAAGUCAGAGUAUAAAUACUAUUUGGAAUUUUUCUUCAAAUUUCCCUUCUUUAACAAAAUGUGACAGCAAGCAACAAAAUCUAGAAAAUGCUUGACAAAAUAUUGAAUUUUAAACACAUAAUUUUUCCAUGGAUGGUUUACUGUGGAGAUAGCAAAACGGUUAGUUCACCUCCCACUGUAGUCCUUUGGAAUCAUGCAGUCGUGGGAUGUCUUGUGCAUGUUCACAGGUGUAAAAAAGGUUACCUCACCUUACUGAUCAUGCAAAUCCUGUCCAUUGCCUGUACUUGUCCUUUCUUGUCUCAAGUCCAACCAUUACAAACCAUGUCUUGUUGCCAAAAAAAUCCUUUUUUAUCCGGCAGUAAUGAAUCCUGCAAUUCGGGGGUUUGUGCAUGUUCACAGCUGCAAAAAAAAUGGUUACCUUACCUCAGUAAACAUGCAGUCUUGUCCCCCGGCCUUUAAUUGGGUUGUUGUCCUGACUUCUUAACAGGAAGUGUUGAAACCAUCAGAACUGACCAAAAGCAACGAGAUAAAAUAACAAAUUAAGCACUGAGACGUCUACAGGCUGCAAAAUAUACAUGACAAUGAACGCAUAUAUUUAGUACCAUUCAAACAUUGCUUCCCUUAAUACUUAUUGCAAUGAUAAAUUAGGGUAGGCUUGAUGUCACUAACAUUAGCUUUUGAGAUGUUUAAUGACAUAACACAAUGUUUACCGCAGUGCAUGUGGGUGAAAAGUGGGGAUAGAAAUCAAAGAUCGUCAGUCAUGCGAGCCUUCGAGCAACUUUAGACAGAGCAAACUUACAUCGCUCUGUUAUAAGUGCCAAUUCAGUACAAGAUUUAAAACAAUGGCUGAUACACACAAUGGUGCACAACAGUUAACACGAACGAUUUUGGAAAAUGUAUGGGCCUUCUCGGUCUAGGGAUCUUUUUGACAAUUUUCCACUGAUGUGCCACUGAUGUUCUAGCAACCACCUCUCACCCACAAGGCAUCACAGUGCACAUUGCAUUACAUCAUUAUUUUUAGGCCUGUAACUGGACUUAUGUCAAUAGAACUUGGCCAGUCUUGGAGAAAAUAUUGAUAGAUUAGGAGAUUCCAUGUAUCUUAGAAAGACAGGAUUCGAUAGUUAGAACUGCUUCUCCAAACACUACUUACUUUCCCUGACAAACACAAGGGAUUAUUCAGGAAGAUUAUAAGAUUACAUUUUUCAACUAUUUCCUACGAUGCACUACAAAAAGUGGCCUUUCCAAGGCAAACCUUUGGAGGCACACUGCAUUGUGAGUCACCCGUCUUCAGGAAUUAAAAAAACAUAAUCUAUACCCCUGGCCCUCUAUACUGAGAUGUUGGUCCGGGGGGUGGAGCUAGGAGUAUGAAACGGAAGGAAGUGAAAGAUGUUUCCAUGAGCCCCUGGAUUCAGAGCACGUGAUAGAGUGAUAAUUCAAACACAAAAUCAAAGAGCUAAAUAACCUCAGAGCUCACGUCUUCAAUAAAAAACAAAACUUGUUAGAAGCUUUCAUGCAAUGUGAGGCAAAAUUUUUAAAAAUGUAUUUCUCGUCCGGAUUUUUUAAGAAAAGAAGGAAGUGGGGCUUUUUUUUUCAAGAUGGCCGCCAUUUUAAAAUUUCCUACAACCAUUAGUGUUUCCACUGUUCAAAGACUUGUUAAAAUGAAAGACAAGUUGGAUAAAAGAACUGAACAUAUUUACAGUGUCGUUUCGUGUUGUAUUGGUCUACAAUGAACAGUUUUUGAUGCAUUUGCUUUAACCGCCAAAAGUCAAGAUUUAUUUUUGAUGAGUAAUUUUACAGAUAAAAAUCAAGCACCAAAUGUCAACUCUCAAAACCUACAAGUGUACACGCCAAGCUAUAAAUAAAAAUGUGUUUGUGUUUUUUGAUAAAAAUAUGAAGAUUGAUUAAAAAUAUUUGAUGCAAUUUGUUUUUCUUAACAUUUGUCGGUUUACUUUUGCAAGUCUAUAUUUUUUCUACAGCAAAGAUUUUACCCUUUGGGACUUGUGACAUACAAUGUAUCCAUCACCAUUUGACAAACGUUUGCUGACUUGCGCUUUGAUGAAACCAAACAAAACAAGAUUCAAGCUUUUCAUGAGCAUGCAUGAAUGCGUGACAGAAAAUACUGGCCUCUCUUGACUGUUUCCUGCCCCUCCCUUGCAUUUUUCUAAGUCCGAAUGCAUUGAUGAAAAUGGGAUCGGGAACCAGACUUAUUUUGAUAUGUGGUUGAGCCUGAGCUCAGGGUGUUUUCGAAAUGAGUGAAUUAGGCUUAGUCAUUGGCUUCACUGACUGAUGCAGCAUUUCAAACUGCUUGCGAGGCUCUGACUGGAACCAGCGAAACCAAAACCCAAGCCCAGCCCAUUCAUUUCGAAAGACCCUUAAGUUCCAUGCCAGUCACAUUCUGGCUACAAAGUUCAUGUACAUACAAGUAUGUGCAGCCAGAUUCCAGUGCACUCGCCUUGCUCUAGACUCUCAUGAAGAUGUAUUUUGCAAUUGCGCAUCAAUUUAUGUGGUGUACAAAGUGACCGACAGAGUCUAUACUGAAAACUUCCACUCACUUGUUUUGCAAGUAUUUAUUUUCCAAUGAAUUUGUGGACUUUUUCUGUGUUUUUUACUGCAUUUUUCUAAAAUGAAAACUAAUAAAAAAAUCCAGGCAGCCUCCGAAAAAGGAAAUAGGCGGGGACAAGAAACAUGUUUUUUUUUUACUUCACCUUAUUAAAGAUGCAUUUGACCCCAAAUUUAAUUAAUUGUGUAUUCUUUGGGUGGUAUGCUGCUCCAAAUAAAAGUGAUAUUGGCAAAUGCAUCUGCAUGAUAAACACCACACAGGGAAAUAAGACCAGAACUGUGGUGGAAGAUAUCUACAUGGAGUUACCUUCAUAUGUCUGGUCUUCUAGAUGCUGUCUCAGCUUCAGUACUGGUUUUAUUUACUAGUGGAAUGUCUUCGCUGCCUUGCAAUUAUUGCAUCUUUAGUUUGUCGAUCUCCUUGAGUUCUCUUGCUGAUGGACUUCAUACGUCUACUUGGUUUUCCUUCCCGGUUUUAGAGAAAAUAUAGGUUGUCUUCUUCCAUGCAAAUAAAUGUUGCUUGUGUCCUGUCAUGCAUGUACAUUAGAAGAGAGCCUGAAAGCUGAACCCAGAUGGUGCACUUUUGGAACCCCUGGACAGGAAAAGAUAUCAGUUCACUAAUAAUUCAAAUUUAUGCACACAUGCACAGAAAUCUUUUGGUGGCAAAAUAUGCAAGUGACCCAUAACAAAUGCACAGGGACACUUAGUUCGUGGUAAUUUUGUCUCAGACCUUUUUUUUCAAUUUUGUCUUCCAGAUAUCGACUAAUACCGUCAUAGCUAUAACUUUCAGGUCCAAUUGGGUUUUAUGAUGUAUGAAAUACAUGAGGCGUGAGGCCAAGCACGUGGUUGUCCGAAAUCUGCACAAACAGGUGUUGGUAGAAAAUCCUAGAAUCCAGGAGACGCUUGUUUUUCAAAUUUGACAUUUAUUGAUCAUCAGCAAUUAGAAGUGAGGGCAAAAUCAUGCCCCCCGGCGAGGCGGGAUAAAGUUCGUCCAACACUGUGUGGGAUUAAAGUAAAGCCCUGCAAUGACACAGAAGUAUAUGUGUUCUAUUUCAAUGAUUAUAAA